AUGUCGACCUCAUUUUUUGCCCAGAAGCAUUACAUCGUCACCGGAGGCGGUUCUGGGAUUGGACUUGCACUGGUCUUGAAACUCGCAGUUGCAUCUGCCAUAGUCCACGCUAUUGACCUGAAGGCCUCUGCGCCCCCCGAGUUCGAAGCCUUGUUCGAGACGGUUCAUUAUCAUGGCUCAAUUGAUGUCAGCUCUCGCAGCAGCGUGACUGAGCUCUACAAAGCCAUCACCGCCAUCUCGCCUCGCAUUGAUGGCAUCGUCAACAGUGCGGGCAUCUGCCCGGGUGGCGAUGGAUACAUUCAAAGCGAUGAGACUUUCCAACGUACUAUGGCUGUCAAUGUGAUAGGGACAUGGAACAUAACGACCGCUUUUCUUGAGAUGGUGAACAAGGAGUCUCCCGAUGUUGGUCGGUCAGGGACCCCUCCUUCGGGAACGCGUGCCAGCAUCGUCAACAUUGGAUCCAGCGCCUCACUGUGCGCUUGGCCUACGCUAACGGCAUACACGGCAAGUAAGCAUGCAGUAUUGGGUCUCACCCGUUCAUGGUCUCUCGAUUGGGCGCACAAGGGUAUUCGAGUCAACCUUGUUGCUCCUGGAGGGACUGACACACCACUUGCGCGAGCGCAACUGUCUGACCUAGAAGGUAGGGGGGAGGCAUUGACAGCCGGAUUGGCGAUGAUUCCUUUGGGCAGAUUGGGUCGGCCUGAGGAGCAGGCAGAUACGAUCAUGUUCUUGCUGGGUGACGGUUCAUCGUACAUUACUGGCCAGGUCAUUCCCGUUAAUGGAGGCUUUCCUUAGAUUAGGAAUUCUCUGUGUUUUGCUGCGGGC